CAAAUUUUCUCGAGAACUUGAGUUUUCCUCUCGCUCUCAAGUCGCUUUUCCUAAUCUGUUUGGAAUUUCGUUUUUUGUUUUCGUGAACGUUUUUUCCAAUGAUCAUCAUUGAAAAAAAAUUUAUUUAUUCACGCGCGCUUCUUGAAAUUUAACAUUAUUUUCCCGAAUAAUCGACAAAUUUUUAACGGAAAAAAAGUGAAAAUCGAAUACGGGAAAAAUGAGUGAAAAUUGCACUUACGUGCAAAAGGUGAUAACAGUUCCUAAGACAUCGAUAAUUCAACAUCAAAUAAGUGAUGAAAUUAUAAAAAUACUUAUUGAAUUUCCUGAUGGGGAGCAAAAACUUGUUGGUUUUCAAGUUUCGGAUGAAAAUUGUACAAUUCAGGAUUUAUUGGUGCAGAUUGGCAUUCCAUUAGACGCGGAAACUGAUAUUUCUUUAGUUGAAGAUCCAUCCACUUUACAAAUACACUAUAUUGUCGAAGUUAAAAAUUUAAAACCGAUCGUGGCCCAUGAAACGCCGAGUUUCAGUCAAGAAUUUACGAGUCCGAAUCCUCCACCUCCUGAAGUUGAGGUUCCGAAGUUUGUAGAGGGAAAACUUGCCGUCUGUCGAAGAUGUGGAUUUUUGUCUUCGACUUUCCAUCGCUGCCAACGUUGCAAACGAAAAUUGCCCGACAAUGUUAAGGCCGUUAUAGAUAAAUAUACGGUUAAUGGAGCGAAAAAACAAUGCAAGGAAGGCGAUAAUCGACCGGUUGACGUAAAACCAAAACCCUCAAGUAUAAAGAUCGAGCAGAACAAUGGACUCAAUAAUGGAAGUGAACCACAGGAGGAAUUUCCCGAUUUUCUGAUAAAAUCACAGCAUACAACUCUUUCGUGUCGUACCGUGAGAAUAGGAUCCUACAAAUAUUUCCCGCCAGAAAAAAUUAUUAUCUCGCAAUAUGGAGUUCGACUCAGUGUUCCUUCUCUAACCGGAAGCAAAAAGAACGUGAAUAUAAAUAUUGAACUGCAAGAUAUCGAUCGAGUUUUGAUUCAUUUCGGCAGAAAUUUGCCCGUUAUUUUUCUGAUCACAAGUCCAAGUAGUGCUGAGCAAAUUCGAGAGAUUUUAGGAAUGCAGCAGCAGGAGAAUCCUUACUACGACCCAUUGAGUCGAGAUCUGACACACAAACGAAUAACUUUAUUACCAGAAAGUAUCAGCGAAGAUGCCCAAACUUUCCUCAAAGAAUUGUUCCUUUUAAAAUUGGAACAAUUGAGUAUGACAGAAGCCAAUGAAAUUCUCGUGAGAGCAUCGCCGAGAGAACCUCCAAAAAGAUUUCGUAUCCGUCGAAUGCCGGAAACGGGACAAGGAAAUAAUUAAAACAAG